CCGGAUGUACAGUUAUACAUUUCCUGUAGCUUUAGGGCUCCGGUGGCACCGCAGAGACCAGCGGACUUUCUUCAGUUCAUCGGCUCUUCCAGUGGAGGAUAGGUUGUUCCGAACCAUUAACACACCUGUAGCCGCAGGCAGGUUGCGGCCAUCCGACCAUGGCCUCCAUCACCUGCCGGGUCCAGUACCUGGAGGACUCUGAUCCAUUCAUCUGCACAAACUUCCCCGAACCUCGGAGACCUCCGACGGUGAACCUGGAGGAGGACCUGCCGCUCAGUGAGCAGAUCGCCGGGAUACACAAGCUGCUGGACGCGCCGCUGAAGCUGGACGAGUGCACCCUGCAGUUAUCUGCUAACGGAAACUACUUGGACCUGGACUCGUCUCUGGCCGAGCAGAGGGACGAGCUGGACAGCUUCUAUGAAGAUGUGACAAAAGGAAAGAAGCCCAUUCUGAUCCUGAGGACUCAGCUCUCUGUUCGAGUUCACGCCAUCCUCGAGAAGCUGUAUAACUCCCAGGGUCCUGAGCUCAGGCGCUCGCUCUUCUCUCUCAAACAGCUCUUCCAGGACGAUAAAGACCUGGUCCCAGAGUUUGUGGCGUCUGAAGGUUUGACGUGUUUCAUUAAAGUCGGAGCAGAGGCUGACCACAACUACCAGAACUACAUCCUGAGAGCUCUCAGCCAGAUCAUGCUGUUUGUGGACGGGAUGAACGGAGUGAUAAACCACAAUGAGACGGUGCAGUGGCUCUACACACUGACAGGAAGCCAGUCUCGUCUGGUGGUGAAAACGUCUCUGAAGCUGCUCAUCGUCUUCGUUGAAUAUGCAGAGUCCAACAGUCCUCUGCUCAUCAUCGCUGUCAACACAGUGGACGCACAGAGAGGUGUGAAGCCCUGGAGCUACAUGAUGGAGAUUCUGGAGGAGAGAAAUGGCUCUGACACAGAGUUGCUCAUUUUUGCCAUGACCCUCAUCAACAAGACUCUAGCGGCACUCCCUGAUCAGGACUCCUUCUACGAUGUGACAGACAGUCUGGAGCAGCUGGGGAUGGAGAACAUCAUCCACAAGCACAUGAACAACAAGGGGACCGAGCCUGACCUCCGAGCGCAGUUCUCCAUCUACGAGACAGCUCUGAAGCAUGAGGAUGGAGACGACGACUCGUCCCCUCUCCUCCAUAAAGAGAGAAGAAAGAUGGCUGCCAGUGAGCAGGAGGGACGGGGGGGCUCGUCUUCCUCAGGUCCGCCUCUGCUGGACAGGUCUUCCCAGCUGAACCAGGAGCAGCCCAGCAGCAAGACAGAGACCAAACCCAGUUUCAAUCCCAGAAGGGCAGUGACACUGAUGUGCUUCACGCCGGCCAUGUCGGCUCACCUGCUCUCCUGCCACCUCCACAGAGACACCUUCCUGCGCAACCUGACAGCCGCACAGCGGGAGAAGAAGAGAAGAAUUGAACAGCCCAUAAGCCUGAGCCCAGAGCAGACAGCAGAGGAGGGCAGGGGUGUGCCGGUUGCAGAGCCGCCGUGUCAUGCCUCGUCUGUGCAGCAUCAGCACAGCACACUGUCCAACGGCAAGAAGUUUCUGCUGAUCAUGCUCUACUCCAAGAGCAGUACUGCUGCACCUGACCCCGCUGAAGAGGAAGGCGGCUCUGUGCUCGGUGGGGGGGAUCCAGCUGCUCAGGGACAUGUGUUGAAGCAUCUGUCCAGCUUCAAAGCGCAUCCAGUGGAGCCCUCGAGCCAAAGCGAGAGCAGCGCCUCCCGCAGGGCGGAGCUGGAGGGACUGGAGGGCUCCGCCCAGGCAGCCAUGGCCCGACUAGCUGAAGAGAAACAGAACCGCCACAUCCGGCAGCAAGGCAGCAUUGACGUGGAGAGCCAUGCCCGCCGUCUGGAGACCACCCAGAUGACCCCUUUGGGCCCCGGGGGCGCCGCUAACGCCUGGAACCAGCUGCAGCCAAAGGCUGCCGCCCUGCGCAUCAAGGACCUGGACUUCUCUGACCUGCUGGACGAGGAAGAUAUCGACGUCUUGGACAAUAACACCUUCAACUCUGCCCCCACCUGCUUCUCUGGCAUCCCUCCCCCUCCUCCUCCACCCCCAGGCCAGAAGAUGGUGAGGUUGUUCUGGAAGGAGCUGAAGCAGGGAGAUGGACCUCAUAAGUGCCGCUUCGGUCGGGGCACAGUGUGGGCAUCUCUGGACAAGGUGGCUGUGGACACCAGCCGCCUCGAACACCUGUUUGAGUCUAAAGCCAAGGACCUGCCUGCCGCCAAGAGAGGAUCUGAGAUGAAAAAGCCAGUGAUUCUGGUUCUGGACCCCAAGAGGAGCAACGCCAUCAACAUUGGUAUGACUGUCCUGCCGGCCAUCCACGUCAUCAAGACCGCCAUCCUCAACUUUGAUGAGUUUGCCAUCAGCAAGGAGGGGAUAGAGAAGAUCCUGACCAUGACCCCCACGGAUGAGGAGAAGCAGAAGAUCCAGGAGGCUCAGCUGGCCAAUCCCGACGUCCCUCUGGGCACAGCGGAGCAGUUCCUGCUCAGCCUGGCCUCCAUCAGUGCCCUGACCCACCGCCUGCAGCUCUGGUCCUUCAAACUCAACUACGAGACUCUGGAGAAGGAGAUCGCUGAGCCGCUCUUUGACCUGAAGCUGGGCAUGGAGCAGCUAGCCUCCAAUCAGACCUUCAGAAGGAUCCUGGCAGCGCUGCUCGCCAUCGGCAACUUCCUCAACGGCUCCAAUGCUAAAGGCUUUGAGCUCAGUUACUUGGAGAAAGUGGUGGAGGUGAAGGACACAGUUCACCGACAGUCUCUGCUGCAUCACACCUGCAGCCAGGUGGUGGAAAAUUACCCAGAAUCCUCUGAUGUCUACUCUGAGAUCCCAGCCAUCACCCGCUCUUCAAAAGUGGACUUUGAGCAGCUCUCAGAAAACCUGGUCCAGCUGGAGAAACGCUGCAAGGCAUCAUGGGACAACCUGAAGGUGGUGGCCAAACAUGAAACCAAAACAGUGCUCAAAAACAAGAUGACAGACUUUCUGAAGGAUUGCACUCAGAGAAUUAUCAUCCUGAAGGUGGUGCACAGGAGGGUCAUCAACAGGUUCCACUCCUUCCUGUUGUACCUGGGUCAGCCGUCCUCCUCAGUCAGAGACAUUAAAGUCACUGCUUUCUGUCGGAUCAUCAGUGAGUUUGCUUUGGAGUAUCGCACCACCAGAGAGCGAAUCCUUACCAUCAAACGAAAACGAGCCACCCACAGAGAGCGAACCAAGACCAGAGGCAAACUGAUCACAGAGACAGAGAAGUUUUCGGGGGCGGUGCCUUAUCAGGACAACCCCUCCCUCAUCACGACGGCAGCAGAGGCAGAUCAAGAGGAGGAGCACGAGAACAUGAAGAACCUGCUGAUCAGCAGUAGUGUGAGCGCUGAGCAGAGAGGUCUGCGACGCACCAGAGCCGUCCGCAGUUUGGGCACGGUGAGUCCGUCUCAGAUGUCAGUAGCCAAAGAAGACGGGACCAGCUGCCAGGAUGACGCCACAGAUGAGAUCAUGGACCGACUGGUGAAGUCUGUUACCCAGAAUCCCUCAGACAGACCGUCCAGCCCCAAGACCCGAAAGCAGUCUCGGCUCAACAGGAAGUCAUUGAGGAGGACUCUGAAGAGCGGACUCACUCUGGACAUGGUUCAGGCUCUGGGGCUCAACAACAAGGCAGGAGACAAAGUCUGAGCAGACACUGAACCCAGACCAGCUGCAGGAGUAGAAUCCAGGUCCUGCUGAGCAAACAUUUUCCCUCUGCUGUUGGACUCUGUCACAGGAGGAGACCAGGUCUGCGUGCAGGGCCUCCUCUGUCACCCAUGAACAUUUGUGAAAGUGACACAAAGAACCUAUAAGCUCUGAUUAUUUUCAGCUUCCCCAACUCUAAGUGUGCAGUUAUUAAAAUAGACAUAGACAGAUGAGCAGUGUAGACAGAAACAGCAGCAAACUGCCUCUGUGUUUCUUAUCUUUCACUCCUUGGACUGAGUCUCAGCCACUCCAACUCCCUGCAGCUUCUGAAGAAACAUGUUUGGUGAUGGGACAACAUGCACUGUGUCAUUACAUUUUAGACACAGAACUUUUCUCCCUUCUGAUCAUGUUGUGUGGUCUUCACCAGCAGGCAGUCUGGUCACGACACGAGCGAGAGGCCACAUACAAAACCUAAUUAACCAGCAACGAACCUGCUGUGUUUGGAGAAAACCCCUUGAACAUGUUUCUUGUCUCACAGACAAAGUCACUAGUAUGGUACACACUGUCGGACACUUCAACUCUGUGUGUGUGUGUGUGUGUGUGUGUGUGUGUGUGUGUUACACUGACCACAAGCUGCUCUGCUGCGGAAAUGUUGUGUAGGGCGGUUUGAGCACAGAUCACGGGGUCACUCGUUUCUGUACAAUCGCAGCAUCGUUACACUAUGUGGUGUGUUGGUGUCAGUGCAACUGUUGUCACACAAACCUGAUGACGACAGCUUUGUUUAACUGAGAGCAUUUUGUAGAAAUAUGGCGCCGGAGCUUGAAUGUGCUCCAAGUAGAGCUAAUAAAGGUUUUUGAUAAAGAACCA